GGCAUUGGAAAAAAUGUCAUCUGUGACCGAACAGCGACUCCCCUGGAUGCCUUUAGGAUGAUGACCGCAGCUCACUAUUACCCGAAGCUCAUGAGUAUCAUGGGGAACGUCUUGCGCUUCCUGCCUGCUUUUGUGAAGAUGAAGCAGCUGAUCCAGGAGGGUUACGUGGGGGAGCUCUUGGUGUGUGAGGUGCAGGUUCACAGUGGAAGCCUCUUGGGCAAGAAGUACAACUGGAGCUGUGACGACCUGAUGGGCGGCGGGGGCUUGCACUCGGUUGGCACCUACAUCAUCGAUCUCUUGACCUUCCUCACCAGUCAGAAGGCCGUGAAAGUGCAUGGGUUGCUCAAGACCUUCGUCAAGCAGACGGACCACAUCAAGGGGAUACGGCAGAUCACCAGCGAUGACUUCUGUACGUUUCAGAUGGUUCUGGAAGGCGGUGUGUGCUGCACGGUGACGCUCAAUUUCAACGUGCCCGGAGAGUUCAAACAAGACAUUAUUGUGGUCGGUUCGGCGGGCCGGCUGACUGUGAUAGGCACUGAUCUCUACGGGCAGAGCAACAGCUCUCCUCAGAGGGAGCGCCUGCUGAAGGACUCCACGCCAGUCAGUAACUCUUUACUUCCAGAGAAAGCCUUCAGUGACAUCCCGUCGCCAUACCUCCGUGGCACCAUCAAGAUGGUUCAAGCCGUCCGGCAGGCAUUUGAGGACCAGGACGACAGGAGGACCUGGGACGGGAGGCCCCUCACAAUGGCCGCCACCUUUGACGACUGUCUGUAUGCCCUGUGUGUGGUGGACACCAUUAAAAAGUCCAACCAGCUGGGGGAGUGGCAGAACAUUUCAAUAAUGACUGAGGAGCCCGAGCUGAGCCCUGCGUACUUGAUCAGCGAAGCCAUGCGUAAGAGCAGGAUGUCUCUGUACUGCUAGCUCCACUCGGCUCCU